UUUGUCCGCCCACUGAUGUUUCACUGUCAGUAUCAGGUUGAAGUGGGCGGACCCUUUAAGUGGAAAGUCUGCGCCCCUCCCACUGCAGUCCCCGCCAGACAGCUCGCCUUGGACAAACCUUUCUCAGGAAGCGAAGCAAACACCGCAUCCAUGAGUUAUCCCGGAUACCCCCCUCAAGCUGGAGGCUACCCACCACAGCCGGGCUUUUACCCCCCUCAGCCAGGUGCUUACCCACCCCAGCCUGGUGCUUAUCCUCCCCAAGCAGGCGGCUACCCACCACAGCCCGGCGGCUACCCACCCCAGGCCGGUGGCUACCCUCCACAAGCAGGUGGAUACCCACCACAAGCUGGAGGUUUUCCACCAGCAGGUGGAGCCUACCCUCCUGCCCCGCCAGCUGGCAGCUGGGGUGGUGGUCCACCUGGUGGUUAUCCCUCGAGCAGCACAGGAUACCCUGGCAUGGCUAACCAGAUGCCAGCAGGCAUGGGUGGUUAUCCCAACCCAUCCAUGCAGGUCCCUGCUGGGUACCCAACUCUCCCUCACCCAAGCAGUUAUGGUGCCCCAUCCCCUAACCAACAGUCAUAUGGCCUGUACCCACAGCCAGGAGGGCCCAUGAACCCUCCUCAAGGGCCAGGAAUGGGCUUCCCAGGCCAGCCAAUGCCUGGUUAUCCUCAGGCCCCAUCGCCCAACGCACCCAUGCCAGGUUUUGGUGCAGCACCAGCGCCGACAUACCCCAAGGUGCCCUCGCCAAAUCCAUCAAUGCCAGGCUACGGAGGUGGAGCCAUGCCGAUAGUUCCACCUGUGAAUAAAGGAUUCCGGGGAACACUAAAGGACUAUCCGGGAGCUGAUCCUCUGAGAGACGUGGAGGUUUUAAGGAAGGCAAUGAAGGGUUUUGGAACCGAUGAGCAGGCAAUUAUUGACUUGCUGGGAAGUCGCUCCAACAAGCAGCGUGUCGCACUGUUGAAGGCCUACAAAACCUCCUAUGGCAAGGAUCUGCUCAAAGACCUUCACUCAGAACUCUCUGGAGACUUCAGGAAGCUGGUCAUGGCCAUGCUGAAGACCCCCACUGAGUUUGAUGCGUAUGAGCUCAACAGUGCCAUCAAGGGAGCAGGAACUGAUGAAGCCUGUCUGAUUGAGAUCCUGUCUUCACGUUCCAAUGCUGAGAUCAAGGAGAUAUCUCGCAUUUACAAAACGGAGUAUAAGAAGUCCUUGGAAGACCACAUUAGUGGGGACACCUCUGGUCACUUCCGCAGACUGCUGGUCUCUCUUGCUCAGGGUUGUCGUGACGAAAGAGAAAACGUGGAUAUUUCUCUGGCUCAACAAGACGCUCAGGCUCUAUAUGCUGCUGGCGAGAACAAGCUUGGAACGGAUGAGUCCAAGUUCAAUGCUAUUUUGUGUGCCAGGAGCAAACCUCAUCUGAGAGCUGUGUUUAUGGAGUACCAGCGGAUGUGUGGCCGAGACAUUGAGAAGAGCAUCAGCAGGGAGAUGUCCGGAGACUUGGAGAGUGGAAUGUUGGCAGUGGUCAAGUGCAUCAAGAACACACCGGGGUACUUCGCCGAGAGGCUUUACAAGGCCAUGAAGGGAGCUGGGACCAAAGAUAGAACCCUGAUUCGGAUCAUGGUCUCCCGUUCUGAGGUUGAUCUGCUGGACGUACGCAAGGAAUAUGUGAAGAACUAUGGCAAGUCCCUGUACACACACAUCUCUGGGGACACAUCAGGAGACUACAAGAAACUCCUACUGAAGCUCUGUGGAGGCAGCGACUGAACCAAUCACUCUCUACAUUACAUGUCUAUAUUGCCAUUCUCUCUAUGUGCACUAUACUCAAGCUGCAGCCUGCAUGUUCUGCCAAGAAUUGUUUACUCUGUUGUAGCCUACACAACCUCAGAGAUAUGUAAACUACACAGCAUUUCCCUCUGCACAUUGUUAUGCUAGUUUUACAAUCAAUAUUUGCCAGAUUAUAGAUUUCUACACAAAUAGAUAUACAUUUUUAUGCAGCUGUUUUUACUUGUGCCAAAAUAAUCUUUGCUGUCAUUUAUAUUUUUUAAGCGAUUUCAGAUUUUGCCUUUCAAUUGGAUUUGGUAUUAUUUUAUUGAACAUGUACGCAUCAAUUAAAUAGCUUAACAUUGAA